UAUACUAACAAUUCUGUGUACAGAACCACGUCGAAAAAUCGAGACAAUUGUAUGGUAUUCAAGAAAUUAGAAAAUCUUAUAUUUUAAUUCAAAUCAAAUCCACUGAUCAGAAGAUUGAAAUAAUUUAUUUAUUCAAAUGUUGCUACGGUUUACAUCGCCGCUUGUGGUGGCGGCUGUUUUAUUUUUUUUCUUCGGAAGUACAAAUGCGGACUCUGAAAAUGUAAAUGAAUGUCAAUGCUGGGUAGCACGACAAUUACGAACAGCGUGCGAUGCCGGUGCUUUUCUACCAGAAGACGAAUGCAAAACAGCAGGAUGUUGUUCUUCAUCAAAGAGGUCAACAGAUGGAACACCCACAUGCUUCAAACCAACAGCAAAAUGUCACCAAUUGUCGCAAUGCCAUAUCCAACUUGAAAAGCGAAGACCCUGCGAUCGUGUGCAUUUCACAGCAGGAAGCAAAUUAUGUCAACAAAGGGGUUGUUGCUUUGAUUCCACCUACACUCCGUCAUGCUAUCGUGCAUUCAGUUUAUACGACGGGCCGGGAUCUUACAAGCCGAGAACAACACCGCUCACUCCACAACGCAUAUCAAGAGCUCAGUCAAGAGAUCUCCAUUUGUCGUUAUCAAAGCUUCAAAAUUUUGGCGCCGAAAGACUACAUGACGUCAUGAGAAACCAAAUGAUAGAUCACAAAGAAAGUGUGGCUUUCAGAACUUCAAUGGCGUCCUUAGCUGGAGGAAGAAAAGUUUUAGUACAAUGUCCAUACGAUUCCAGAUCGAAAUCAUGUGGAGGGAAAGACAUUUUAAUGAGAGACUGUGUAAAUCGCCUAUGUUGUUGGAACCCGACUUUAGCAGCCAAACAAUCAACAACCAACUGUGUGUAUCCUAGAAUAGCCAGGAUACCUGAAGGAAUGAUGCCGACUGUGGAACCUAUUCGUAGAGAAGAAAAAGGAGAGGAAGGCGAAGAAAUAGAGAAAGAAGUUACAAUAGAACCAUACGAAUUACCUGAAGACGAAUUGAUACCCAACGGCAAUCGAGGUGUUUUCACAAGAAGUUGUCGAGUCGGAGAUAGGAGCCAACUGUGCCAGGCCUCAGCCACAAACAGUGAUGAAUGUACGGCCAAUUCAUGCUGCUGGGAUCAGUCAACUGAAAUCUGCUUCGCACCAACAAUCUCAUACCAACCAUUUGCUACAUUUACUGACGAUGUAGAAGGGAAAGGUGCCAUGCGAGACUGGGUGCCCUUCGAUCCGAUUGAGGCCCAACAACCACGCGAGGAACCGACUGAACCAACUCAGGAACAUGAAAUUGUGACGUCAUCGACACCAACCAGCGAACUCGUUUAUAACGACUUUUCCCUUAUAAUGUUGUGUCCGGAGACUGUCAAUGGAGAUUUGUGUGAAAAGGGCGUUACACGGCGGUUGUGUAUGUCUAUGUUCUGUUGCUGGGUUGAUGAUCCCAAGAAACACGGUAAAGGAACAUGCGUCAGACCACAAGUAGAUUUGAUUGGAAACACGAAAAUUACAAAAGAAAACAAAUUGGUGGACCUGUAUCCUAGUAUCCCGUUCGAGGGACCAAAUUUUUGGCGUCCGUCUCUUCCCGAAAGAAAUUUUGUAAAAGAGGAUUCAAUAAUGACAGUAUUUUGUCCUGCUGCAAGCCUCAUAAACGGUGGAAAUAUAGGCCAAACAACAUGCGGGAGCGAUGAGAUUUUCACAAGAGACGAAUGUGUUAACAGUGGAUGUUGCUGGCGACCUUGGAAAGUAUUUGAUUCUGAUUCUGAAUCUCCUUGUCAAGCACCGAAGAUAGAACAGAGAAAUCUGACAGAAGUUAUCAGCAAACAUGAUUCAAUUAUAUCCACCCUCGUCCAGCCUAUGGAAUCACGUUGGGGAGAAUGGGAUGAUUGGAGUGUAUGCAAAGCUGUUUCACCGUGCUCAGAUGAAGGAAGACAAUUUCGAUCACGGAGAUGUGUCUCUCCUGUUGGUGUAAUGUUAGAUCAUGCAGUCGAUAUUGCUUCUGGAUGUGUCGGUGCUGCCUUAGAAGUUAGAACUUGCACGGAUUUAUUUGAUUGUGAAAGCGGACUAUGGUCUGAAUGGUCACCAUGGACCACGUGCUCGGAAACUUGUAAAUCUGGGAAAAGUCUUCGAACUAGAACUUGUUAUCUUCCAGAAGAUUGUCCCAUCACUCCUUCGUUUGAAGAGAACAGUAUUGAAACGGAGAAUAAAGUAUGCAAUACUGAAAUGUGUGAAGUUUGGGGCCCAUGGAUCGGACAUGACGAUUGCGAUGCAGAAUGCAAAAGCUUCGGAAAUUCGACACGAUUCAGAUUGUGUGAAAAGUUUGCCUACACGAAAGGACGAAUUGCCAGCACUCAAGUCAUUAUUCUUAAAUCCCUUCCUAUGUACGACUUGAAAGCAUUAGCAUCGUCUCAGCCAGAAGCGUUUGCAGUUCAUGCGGAGGAAUGCCUGCUACAAACAACACAAUGCUUUAACAACAGAGACUGCGUUUAUAUCUGGGGUGAAUGGGGUAACUGGACCCAAUGUGAUAGCAAAUGCACACCAGGAAAACAAAGCCGUGAGCGACCGUGUUUGAAACUCUCUCCACAAAUUGGUCCCGUAGAAGUACCGGCCACGUUUUGCGCUAGAGAUCUUGGUGAAUCCCAAAUGCAAGAGAUCACCUGUGAAGGCGAAAGAUGUAAGGAAUGGGAUAACUGGUUUAUUGCAGAAAAAUGUAACGCUGACUGCGACGGCGUCGGAAUGUUACGUAAAGCUCGACUCUGUAAGCGCGGAGAUUUUAAUCCCACAAUUCAUCCUAGGGAAUGCUAUAGAAUAGAUGAAAAAUGUACUGGACGUCGAUGUCCCAGAGUACAAUGGGGUUUAUGGGGCCCGUGGUCUGAUUGCAGUACUAGUUGUACACCCGGUAUCACCACCCGCGCAAGAAGGUGCAUGGAUACACAAGGCAUCGAAGCUGAGCCUGAUCUCUGUGGAGGAAACGCUUUGGAAGUUGUACAAUGCAAUGAAAAUUUUUGUGAAGUAUGGGGCGAAUGGCAACAAGAAGAAUGCCAGGGUCGAUGCGGUGGGCGGGGUUUAAAAACCACCCGGCGAAUAUGUUCAGACGGCGGUGCUGCCAAUGACGUACUUGCAAAUUUUUUGACUAUAAAAAUUCCAGAAUCGUGUCACACUAAAACAGAAAAAUGUAUUCGCGCGUGUACAGCCCAAUGGGGAGAAUGGAGUAAAUGGUCGAAAUGCUCUAGAAACUGUUCCCCGGGAACAAGCUCACGAACUCGGGAAUGUCAACUUGAAGACGGUACUAAACAAAAUUCAAUGGAUUGUCCCGGAGGUGAAAUACAGUCCUUCGAAAAAAGAGAUUGCAACGUCGGUAUGUGUGAAGAUUGGAACAAAUGGGAUAAGGGCAAAUGCACUGGAACGUGUAGAAAAGCGGGAACGCAGCCGGCACAAAGAACAUGCGUUGGACGUGACGAUACUUGGCUUGUAACUACUUAUGCACAAAAUCCGAAUUGUUAUAAUAGAAAUACACGAUGCAGACCAAGAUGCGCUAGAUGGGGCGGUUGGGGCACAUUUGGACCAUGUAACGACAAAUGUAGUCCAGGUAAAAGGUCUCGGCGACGAUUAUGUCUCAGAAAUGGUAAACCCGUUGACGAAUCGGAAUGUACUACGAACCCUGGUAAAAUCGUCGAAUAUGCGAACUGCAACAUGAAACUAUGCUCGUCCUAUGGUCCUUGGAAAGAAAAUUACAAAUGCGAUGGAAUAUGCGGAGAAGAUAAUGCUACCAGAGAACGAAAACGGGAUUGUUAUUCAGGAAUAGCACCAGAACAAUGCCUCGUAGAUCGAAUACCAUGUCGACCUCGAUGCGGUCCAGGGUGGGGACCAUGGACCGAAUGGUCUGACUGCAGUGAUAAAUGCGCACCAGGAAUUAGGAACAGAACAAGAAUUUGUUACAAUGGAGAUGAAACUAUCGAUCCUGCCGAAUGCAUGAAAGUUAAGAAAAACGGCUUGGGUGGUGCCAUUGAAACUGAAGAUUGUAAUGUUGGGUCUUGUCCAAGUUGGGCUCCAUGGCAACAACAUCUGUGCGUCGCGGAAUGUAACGUCACCGCCGUGGCAAGAAGAAUUCGAAUCUGUUUGGAACCUGUUACAGGUUACGUUCCAAACGAAUGCCGAAAUGAUUACGUACAAUGUCUUGGUAAAUGUAUAGCUACGUGGGACGAUUGGACACCUUGGUCGCCGUGUUCUUUAUCAUGUGGUCCCGGUAAACAAACAUCAGUUAGAAGAUGUUCUAUGAACGGUAUUAGCGUCGAUCCAAAUUAUUGUGAAGAGGGAAAUAAAACACCUAAAACUUUACGUAUAAAAAAAUGUCAUGCAACCAUGUGCGACAGUUGGAGUAGAUGGCGGACGGGACCAUGUGCUGUACAAUGUGGGGGAGCUGGAAUAUCAGUACGCGAAAGAAAAUGCUUAGGAAAAGGUACGUUAUCGACCCCAGAACAGCCUACAGAAACCGCUUGUUACAGAAAAGAAGUGCUUUGUGGUACGGACCCCUGCCCUAAUAAAUACGCACCGUGGGGUGAUUGGUCUGAAUGUUCAAGUCUUUGUUCGCCUGGUACAAUGAGACGCACAAGAAAAUGUCUUACUCAAGGCCUUAAAUUUGGAGAUUGCCAAGCUUUAGGUCCCGCAUUGGAAACAAGAAAAUGUAACAAAUAUUCGUGCAGAAUUUGGAAACCUUGGGAAUACGAAAAGAAAUGUGUCGUUUCAGCUGGUCAAAACGUACGAAAUCGUCGAAGAGAAUGUUCAUAUAGUAUCGCAGGACCUUUAGGUAGAACACAUCCAAAGCAUUGUUUUGAAGGCCAGGUGUCAUGUGCUUUUGCCAGCGCCUAAAUAUGGGACAAAUACAGCCACUUAUUUGCAUGGAUGUAUGAAGUAUAAAUCGUGAAUUGAAAUUCUACUGGAGUCCAUUUUAUUCUAUUAUGAAACCCACUGUUAAACCUUUAGAUCAUACUUGCAAAUAUUCCUGCGGAGACGGCGACCAAAAUGUACCGACGUGAAUGACGCUUCCUAACUAAUCAGUUAGUUCCAUUUCGGUUUCUCUGUACCAGAUGAGCACGAAGUCUUCACUUGGAUGGAAUCUCUUAACAAACUGAGAAAAAUGCUCAAAUAUAUGAACACAAAGCCUCCCCUUUCCUUCUAAGCCAAGAGGAGCCGUCGUACAGCAGUAUCCAAUCUCACCAUAUCACGAAACGGUUACCAAUAUGUUUGCUGUACAAUUUAGAAAAAAGUAAGAGUUUUGUGACUCACAUCCUCUUUAUCCUUUACCGAUCUCUUAACAAAAUUCACCAAAUUAACACAAAAGUAAUUAAUCAACGUAACAACCACAUUGUUAAAAAUAGGCUUUGUUUUAGAAGCGCGUGUAACUAACUAGUUUCAUAAUUAAUUUGGUAACAUUCUUCCCGCUGAUAUUGAUUUAAAUUGACACUAAUUUUAUAUUCAAAAAAAAAUAAUUCUAAUUUC